ACCGUUCACAGUGGGGAGAAACCAUAUACGUGUUCUGUGUGUGGACAAGGCUCCAACCAAACAUCUGGCCUAUCAAAACAUAAAUGCAGUCACAAUGGAAAAAAGCCGUGGAAAUGUGGGGACUGUGGGAAGGGAUUCACUCAUUCAUCUACCCUGCUGAUACACCAGCGAGUUCACACUGGGAAGAAAACAUUCACCUGCUCCGUAUGUGGAAAAGAUUUCUAUCGGUCAUCAAAUCUGUUGGCACACCAGCAGCUUCACACUGGGGAGAGGCCAUUCACGUGCUCCGAGUGUGGGAAGAGGUUCACUCAGUCAUCCAAUCUGAGGACACACCAACGAGUUCACAGUGGGGAGAAACCAUUUACUUGCUCUGAGUGUGGGAAAGGAUUCAUUCAGUCGUCCUACCUAAUUGCUCACCAGAAAGUUCACACUGGGGAGAAACCAUUCACCUGCUCCGAGUGUGGGAAAGGAUUCGCUCAGUCAUCCUACAUGAUGAUACACCAACGUUUUCACUCUGGGGAGAAGCCAUUCACCUGCACCGAGUGUGGGAAGCGAUUCACUACCUCAUCCAACCUGCUGUUACACCAACGAGUUCACACUGACGAGAGACCUUUUAAUUGCCUAGACUGUGGAAAGUGCUUUAAAAGUUCUGGGGAACUGAUGACCCAUCAACGUGUUCACACUGACGAGAGACCAUUCAGGUGCUCUCACUGUGGGACUGGGUUCAGGAAAUCAUCUCAACUCAUUGUACACCAGCGAGUUCACAAUGGGGAUAAACCGUUUACCUGCACCGAGUGUGCGAAGGGAUUUGCUGAGUUAGCUACCCUGCUGAAGCACCAACGAGUUCACACUGGGGAGAGACCAUUCACCUGCCCCAACUGUGGGAAGGGAUUCACUCAAUCAUCCAACUUGCUGAGACACCAGCGAGUUCACACUGGGGAGAGACCAUUCACCUGCUUCGAGUGUGGGAAGGGAUUCACUCAAUCAUCCCACCUACUGACACACCAGCGAGUUCACGAGUAA